AUGUGGUUUAUCGAAAGUUGCCGAUACAAUAGAGUGGAGGCAGAGGCGCUGCUCAAGGCGCCUGCAGCCAGCGCCAGAGAUAAGCGCCGCCGACGCCCGACCCAACAAAUUAUAGCACCCCUUAGCUCGGAGAACAGUGGAGUACGGGAGCAAGGGGAUGUACGUUACCGCGAGCCUCAAGAGGGUGCUGGGGUCGAGUUCUCCUCCGGGCCAUUUGUCAGUGACAGGACGUCGCGCGAGGGCAGUAGGAGAGGCCCGAAAGGGUGGGAAGACAGGGAGGACCCCCACCCCACACCAUUAAAUUCCUCCGCGCUUGCGGCUUUAGCACGCGACAGUACCGACGUGUUGGCCUUAAAUUACUGA